AGGUACACGUGUCUAUUUCGAUGGUCGAUGACUGACGUGAUAACGCAUGUAUCGUUGACGAAUUAUUAUACUUGUUUUCGAUUCUGGAUCUGUGUUAAUACGAUCGUUUGUAUCAGUCAAAGAUUGGUUCUAGAUCAUUGUGAUCUUUCAACGAUCGAGUGAUCGUUUACGUAUGUGAAUGUUAUUCGGGGUGAUGAAAGUCCCAGGAGUAUCGAGUGUGAAGUUUACAUUGUGUUUUGGGUUUAGAUGGAUUAAUUGGAUUAAUUGGAUUAAUUCGACGAGGAUUCUCUUAUGGACAUUACGCAUAUGUAGAGUGGAUUGUUCGACAGUUUAUUGAUUAUCGUCGAAGGAUCGUUCUAAGGAUUAAUCGUUGUAUCGAGUAUAGAGUCAAUUCCAGGUGUCAAAUGAACGUUCGUCGGCUCUAGGAUCUGUUUGAUAAUUAAAUUCCAAGGACGCUUAUAUAGGUAUUGCCCAAAUUAAUUUCUCGGUAUAUCAGUCCAUGAGAAAUUAUAGGCCUGAGGAAAGUGUAGAUCUCCACCUGGUUCCAAUCCCGAAGAACGAUCGGACUUUGCGAAGACUUCCAAGACUUCCGAUUCCGGUUUUCCGUUAUUUUCCUAGAAAAUCUUGCAAGGAAGGCGCCAAGAGAUUUGAAUGCGAAGUAAAGCGAGGAUCUUAGAGCAGCUUAAAGCAUGAUAAGUUAUUGAAAAAAAAUGGUGAAAAAAAAUACGUAAAAAUUUGUUCGCAAUUUGCAUUUUAAAAAAUCAAUCAAUCUUAUCUACCUUGUGACAGAUAAUAUUUGUUUCAUAAAAUCCACAAAUGAUCAUUCAAUUCAGUUGUUAUCGGUUUAAUCAGCGUUUCCGUCGGUUCGAAUUCGUCGCGCUCUCAUCAUUGGUAUCACUGUAUAUACUUAGCGUGAUCAUCCGACGGUAUCAGGUGGAAUGAUUAUAUUUUAAAAAUGAUUAACUUCAAGCGAAACUGUCGAAUCGAACGGGAAUAAAAGAAUUCAGUAGGCGGUGGGCAACGUGGAUAAAAAUACCACGUGCACUUUGACACGCGGCGGUCGUGCGUAGCGGCAGCGUAUUGGUUGGGGUUACACUCCCCGGCUCUUCUUUUUCCCCUAUUUUUUUACCCCCACUACCGACAGACUGCCCCUUCUACCUUAACCCCCGUGUCCCCUUGUCACGCGACUGACGUGCGCAAAAAUUACUGAAUGAACGGUGACGUCAUGAGAGGCCCGCGUGAAAAGUGUGUGACGCGGCACUCGCACCCCCCGGCCCUGACCUGCCUCGCUUCCUGCUUCCUUUCUCUCUUCCUUCCUGCCUUUUAUACCCACCAUGCUGUCUAUUCAGUGUGAUCCGUGAUAUCCUUAAUAUCCACUUUUAUUUUAUUUGUCCACUACGUCAUUCUCCCUGAAUAAAUGUAGGGGUUGUUAAAUCGAUCCUCAAAAUGUCAUCCUCGCGUCUUUCAUGAGACAUUGAUAUUUGUGAAAACAUUACACUUGGUAAUUUUUUCGUAAUUAAUAAUUCUAAUUUUCAUAGAAAUUCUACGUAUGAGCAUGACAGCCCAUAUCCUUGACUCUCGAUUGGUGGAAAAAUCGUAAUAAGAAUUGACGAUCAAUGGACUAUGAAAAAUUGUAAUAAUUCCUAUAAAUCUAUUAUCAGCAUACUGAUUAGGUUACCCGAGAAUCAGGUUGUCACAGGGACAAGUGAGCGAGAGAGAAUAAGAUCAAUGUGAUACGUGACAAAUGUUAUUGAGAUCCCAAAAUUGGAACUAGUAGGACCUACUAUAGAUCCUUCGGGUGCCGUCGAUGUGGAUCAUCCACAAAGUGUCAGAUCGUCGGUAGCUUCUUGGGAAGCUUAAAAAAAUAACGAGGAUAUAAAGACAAGUGACAUCUUGGUAUCACCGAAUUCUAGGCUGAGCAAGAGGGGCCAGGAUGAUCAUCGAUGAUCAUCCCAGUGUCUGACAAGGUCAACCCCUGCUCCUCGAGUGUCCCGGCGCACGUAGAAAACGGUCCGAGACCAUGUUUCACCCGAUGUUCUGACUGCCUAUGGAUAUAUUCGGCCGCUGCAACGGCGGUGGCGGUGUAAGUUCGGCGACGGGAACUGGAUCUGGAAGUGGCACGACUCGGGGAUCGGGGGCGAAGGGUUCGAUAGUUGGAACGGAUAACAGCGUACAUCAAAGCGGUAUGCAAUUGACGGGGGCGUCUGCCCCCGGGGCGGCGGCGUCCCCUGAGUCGGGGGUGUCGCCUCUCGCUGAUGCCUACACCAAGAUGACUAGCGACAUCCUCGCGGAGAGGACCCUGGGGAACUUUGUCAACGAGCAUCCGGGAGAGCUCGUGAGGACAGGUUCGCCGCAUCUUGUGUGCACCGUUCUACCAGCGCAUUGGAGGUCGAAUAAAACGCUACCGGUGGCUUUCAAGGUGGUAGCCCUUGGAGAGGUAGGCGAUGGCACCCUGGUUACCGUGCGUGCUGGUAACGAUGAGAAUUGCUGCGCCGAGUUGAGAAAUUCUACUGCCCUUAUGAAGAAUCAAGUGGCCAAGUUCAAUGAUCUGAGGUUCGUCGGGAGGAGUGGACGGGGGAAAAGCUUUACUCUGACGAUAACCGUCUCGACGACGCCACCUCAGGUCGCGACCUACACGAAGGCUAUCAAAGUGACGGUAGACGGGCCACGGGAGCCCCGAUCCAAGACCAGUGAGUAUCACUUGCUAUCUCUUCUAGGGCAGCAGCAGCAGUUUCAUGCCUUCGCCUUUGCCUCUCAACGUGGUGGACCAUUCUUUGCCUCGCCAUUGGUCGACCCUUUGCAACCCUUGCCGAAUCCCCUGCAACCCCUGCCGAAUCCGCUACAACCGCGGGACCCGCUGUCAUCAUUCAGGCAUGCAAUGCCUGGCAACUGUCAAAACAUGCCGCAGUUCGGUCUGACCGCGAGUAACUCCUGGGGCUACGGAAGUACGGCAGGCUACGCGGGUUACCUACCAGGACCUUUGUCGUCCUGUGCAGCUCAAGCACCUUUUGCACCUCCACCACCGCCGCCGCCGCCACCGCCACCACCGCCACCACCGCCGCCAUCCUCGUUAAGCACUUUCGCUGGGACCGCUUCCAUGAACACUCCUACGGCGCCGGAUUCGACAGCGGGUUCGGGGGUGGCUUCCGGUACCACAGGUAGUUCGUCGCAGCAACAAGACGCCUUCUCUGCGGUGUCUUCCUUGGUACCGGAUACUACAACACCAGGCGGUCAGGCGGAUCCGUUGGAUCCAUUGAGCACCCUGAUGUCUGGCACGUCGCAGAGGUAUCAAGACUACGUUUCGCCCAGGUCACUGUCGACGGACUCCAGCACCACUGAGAGUCCCGUUCACGAGGAAGGCUUUGGACAAAACUAUGGAAAUUAUUUUCCAACACCUGGCGUCCUACCCAGCAUCCUCUACUCGCAACUCUACGGGAACCAGUUCCAGAAUGCGGAGAACGCGGAGCACAGAGCCGUGGCGGAGAGCUGCAGCGUGAGACAGGAAGAGGUUAGGCCUGAUAACAACGUAUGGCGACCUUACUGAGGGGAUGAUAAUACGGAAUACCUGGUGAAAAUAUCCAGUCGGAAGAUUGGCGACCAUGGACUCAAUCUUCCAACGGAUUUCAAUUCUGUCUGGGGCGCACCCUGACGGGCGUACCCAGCGACGUCAGUACCCCAUCGGUAUAGUUUAUUCAGUGGUCAGGACGUGAAAAACAACAAAGAAAAAUUAAUUAAAAACUCUGGGCAUUACCUGUAAUGGAGUUAGGUGUAACAUAGUGACGUGAAAAAUAAAACGGUCCUUGCCAUGAACGGAAUAAGUACUCGUGACUCCCGUUUGGGCUUGUUGGCGGGAAAUUCGAAUUUGAAAUUACGACGGUUGACGGUGACUUCGUAAUCGUAAGUCAAAAUCGCGAAUAACGAUCCAGAAACCAUUGGUUUCCCGAUUUUCAGCAAAAUUCGUGCAUAUGGUACGGUACAGUGUGUUACUAGAGGGUAAGUUAAGAGGGAUGGGAGUGACAAUUGGAUAUGGAGAUAUUGGAGUAUCGUGUGAGGGUAGCUAAAGGGAUGUACAUAACUGUAUAUACGAAUAGAACGAUAGAUCAUCGUCUCUCAUCGAACGAUUUAUUAAUUGCGAAUGACGCGACGCGAGAAUUAUUUCUUUAAUUAUGUUUCAUAGUAUAAAUGCAUAUGAACGUUAUUUAUGUGCGUAUGUAUGUAUGUAUGAUUGCGGGUACGAGUGCAAUAUCCCUCAAGGAUCUCAAGGGAAGAUAAUAAGGGUGGACGGACAAUGGUGGAUUGGAAAGUUAAUAAAAAAAAAGUGAUUAAUAUUGUCUGUGGUUUUAGCUUUAAAUUUAAAAAAAAAUGAAGUUAAUAAAGAAAUUCUUUAAGUGACACGGACGUCUCUCUUGUUUUUUCAAUCCACUGCUGAUCGUUGUCGCCAAAGACUAUCUAGUCAGCGAAAGGCUCAUUUCCAACGAAGACAUUAUAGUGUUUGUCGCAUAAUCGCGGGGUCGUGUAACGAUAGUCGUUGAUUUUAAAUCUCAUGGAGAAUCGCUCUUACACGAUUACGCGCUCUGUGACGGGAAAACGUCGUACAUCGAAAAAUUUCGACGAAAAUCCUUCAUUAGGCCGAAUAUUAAUUUCGGUAUUUAAAUGUGAGCGCAGGCAUAUCUCGAUGCCCGCGACCGACAAUUCAUUUUGCGAUACGUUUUUCAUUAUUUCUGAUACAUAUCUACCGACUAUUGUUAUCGUAGUUUUUGACCGAGUCGAAUAAAAUGUAUUUAAAAAUAA